CGACACUUGCACCAACAACCACGACACUUGCACCAACAACCACUACAGUUGCACCAACAACCUCGACAGUUGCACCAACACCCCUGACAGCUGCACCAACAACCGCAACAAAAGCACCAACAACCACUACAGUUGCACCAACAACCACAACAAAAGCACCAACAACCACAACAAAAGCACCACUAUACACAACAGUUCGAAUCAAAGUGUUUUCAAACCAAGAUUUUUCCUCUGAACUGUCAAACCGAUCUUCUAAAGCUUAUCAAAUUCGGGAAAAAGGAAUGAUAACUGAGUUUGAGGCAGUCUUGAGGAGUAAAUUUACAUAUUUUAUUAGACUGAUAAUUAUUCAGUUCACGAAAGGAUCAAUUGUCACAGAGAUGAAUGGCACAUUCUCUCAACCACCCAAUAAUACUGAGGUGCAACUGGCACUAAGUAAUGCUAAUACAAGUUAUGAUGUCAUCGAUGUGGAGGUCACAUCAACAUUGUUCUCUACAACCCCAACUCCUACAACAACAACUGUUGCUCCAACCACCACAACUGUUGUUCCAACAACAACAACAACAACUGUUGCUCCAACCACCACAACUGUUGCUCCAACCACUACAAUGGUUGCUCCAACCACCACGACAGUUGCUACAACAACAACUGUUGCACCAACCACCACAACUGUUGCUCCUACCACACCAACUGUUGCUCCAACAACCACAACUGUUGCUCCAACCACCACAACUGUUGCUCCAACCACUACAACUGUUGUUACAACAACAACUGUUGCUCCAACCACCACAACUGUUGCUCCAACCACCACAACUGUUGUUCCAACCACCACAACUGUUGCUCCAACCACCACAACUGUCGCUCCAACCACUACAACGGUUGCUCCAACCACCACGACAGUUGCUACAACAACAACAACUUUUGCUCGAACAACAACAACUCACCACUACAGUUGCUCCAACAACUGUUGCUCCAACCACCACUACAGUUGCUCCAACAAUAACUGUCGCUCCUACCACCAUGACAGUUGCUCCAACCACAACAACUUUGCUCCAACAACCACACCUGUUGCUUCAACCACCACAACUGUUGCUCCAACCACCAAAACUGUUGCUCCAACCACCACAACUGUUGCUUCAACCACCACGACAGUUGCUCCAACAACCACGACAGUUGCUCCAACAACCACGACAGUUGCUCCAACAACCACACCUGUUGCUCCAACCACCACAACUGUUAAUCUAACAACAACAAAUGUUGCUCCAACAACCACACCUGUUGCUCCAACCACCACAACAGUUGCUCCAACCACCACAACAGUUGCUCCAACCACCACAACUCUUGCUCCAACAACAACUGCUCCUCCAACCACCACAACUGUUGCUCCAACAACCACAACAACUGUUCCUCCAACCACCACAACUGUUGCUCCAACAACAACAACUGUUCCUCCAACCACCACUACAGUUGCUCCAACAACCACAACUGUUCCUUCAUCCACCACGACAGUUGCUCCAACAACCAUACCUGUUGCUCCAACCACCACAACUGUUGCUCCAACCACCACUACAGUUGCUCCAACAACCACAACUGUUCCUCCAACCACCAAUACAGUUGCUCCAACAACCACAACUGUUUCUCCAACCACCACGACCACUGUUGCAACAACAACAACAGUUGCUCCAACAACCACAACUGUUCCUUCAUCCACCACGACAGUUGCUCCAACAACCAUACCUGUUGCUCCAACCACCACAACUGUUGCUCCAACAACAACAACUGUUGCUCCAACCAUGACUACAGUUGCUCCAACAACCACAACUGUUCCUCCAAUCACCAAAACUGUUGCUCCAACAACCACAACUGUUGCUCCAACCACGACGACAGUUGCUCCAACAACCACUACAGUUGUUCCAACCACCACAACUGUUGCUCCAACCACCACGACAGUUGCUCCAACAACCACAACUGUUGCUCCAACAACAACAACAGUGGCUCCAACAAGCAAAACAGUGGCUCCAACCACCACAACAUUGCUCCGACAACAACAACUGUUGCUCCAACAACAACAACUGUUCCCCCAACCACCACGACCGUUGUUGCAACAACAACAACGGUUGCUCCAACCAUGA